AUGUGCACUUUUUGGAAUAUAAGCAAUAAUGGAAACAAUGUAUCAAAAAUAGAGCAAGAGAAUCAGAAAGAGAGGGAGAAAAGGCAUGUGAUGCAAUUUAAAAGAGAUAGUGAAACACAAAAGAAUGUAAAGAUUAGUAGAGAACACAGACAGAAACAUCAGAGAUUUUUCCAUCUCCAACAGAAAGUCUGGACAAAGGGCAAAAUGAAGAUCAUAUUCUUUUUUUCCUUUUUAAUUGCUGGGAGCCUUGCUAAAAACCUUUAUCCAGACAAUAACAACAAUUGUCGCAACAACUACCGAUAUGAACCAUACUCCCAUCAUGACAAUCAACUCAGCCAAAGAAGUGCCCAUAUGCCAAGCCAGGUACUAGUCAACAGUAAUUCUGACUUUGCAUUCAAAUUCUUCAGGGAGGUAUCUUCCAAUGGAGGCCCACGGCAUUAUUCCAGAAAGAAGAACAUUGUCUUCUCUCCCAUGUGCAUCUCCUCUGCCUUUGCAAUGCUGGCCUUGGGUGCCAGGGCCAACACUUUAGAUCAGAUCCUUAGGGGACUGGACUUUAGGCCAUCAGAGAUCCAGGAACAAAAUAUCCAUGAAGGUUUCCAUGACCUCAUUUACAUGCUAAACAAUGGAGGCUCUGGCCUCCAGGUAGAAAUGGGUAAUUGCCUCUUUGUACAAAACAAGCUCCAUCCACAAGAGCAAUUCUUAAAUGGACUCAGAAACAUCUAUGGAGGAGACAUUUAUAUGGAGAACUUUAAGAACACAGCAGAAACUGAACAGCACAUCAAUAAUUAUGUUGAAAGGAAAACCCAUGGGAAGAUUGCCAAACUUGUUGAUGAGGUGGACCCAAUUACUGAAAUACUACUGGUUAGCUAUAUGUACUUAAAAGCCAAAUGGAAGAAGCCUUUCAAUCCAAAGUACACUGAACCACACAACUUCUAUGUGGAUCCAUACACUGUUGUGCAAGUGCCUAUGAUGUUCCAGAUGGGAAUGUUUGAAGCUGGCCAUGACGAUGAGCGUUCUUGCACUGUGGUGAAAAUGCCCUAUGAUGGACAAGCGGCUGCAUAUUUUAUCCUACCUGACAAAGGACAGGUGGAUAAAGUUGCCAGCAGCUUAUCAUGUGGCGCUUUGAGAACAUGGAAAAGAGUACUUAAGAAGAGCUCUGUCAAUGUCUAUCUUCCAAAAUGCAAGGCUACUGGAGAGCUUAACCUGAAGGACAUAAUGUACACUAUGGGUGUGGUUGAUGUCUUCACUGACAGAGCAGAUCUGUCUGGAAUCACAGGGCAGCCACAACAUCGGCUCUCAGACGCCAUUCAUAAGGCCAUGAUGUUGAUAGAUGAGAGAGGAACAGAAGCCUCUGCAGCCUCUGCGAUGGACCUGGUGCCAAUGUCUACACCUUCUAUUAUCAAGUUUGACAGGCCUUUCAUAGCUAUGGUUGUACAUGAAAAUACUGAGAGUAUCCUCUUCAUGGCAACAAUCUCAAAUCCUGCUGAGAAGUAGAAAAGUCAAAUGCACCCAAUGAUGCUUUUUUGGCAUGUGUUUAAGAAAUAUUGUCGG